AUGGGCCUGAAAGCCAAACCCGAACUAGGUUUUCAGUUCGGUGCGGGAGGUGACACGUCUGCGGAAGACCUGGAAGCCACAGGUACGUCCGACCCGAGCAAGGUGAUUGACCUAGGGAAGAAAUUCAUCGAAGUCAGGGUUGAAGAAAUGAUGAUCGAAAGUGAGGGUAUCACCGAAAAUGUCAAGAGCUGGCGGACCGAUGUCAUUCAAGCCAUUUUGCGAGAUCUGCGCUCGGAAAAAGUCAUGUUCGAGGCAGCCGAUCCGCCGGUCUUCAACUGGUAUGUCCGAGAAUUUGGGAUCGAUGUCAACUUGUUUGUGGAACACUCACAAAUUGUACAAUUGACGUGUCUAAGAAGUGGUAUUUGGGGGAUGGCCGACAAUCCGGCAAGAUACCAGCUCGUGGGGGGCCUGCAGACUGGCAGUGAGAGAUAUAGUCAUACCAAGAACUCUUCCUAA